AUGAAAAAUCGACUCCAAUGGCUGUUACCCCUGCUCGGUAGUUUGAUCGGUUUCGUUUUCAGACGUUUUCUAGAAUCAGAAGGAAGCGCUAUUCUGACCACUACGUGCGUUUCAUUCUUCGCGCUAGUGAGCUUCUCCUGUUUUAGUCACUUUCGUUUGAAAGGACCACUGAGGGGGAUUCUCAAUCUCUUCUUACUCUUUUCCGCUGGGUUCGUGGGAUCUUUCAUACGGAUUGAAGUCAUCCACCUACUGGGUGGUCAGGCUUUGCCCCUCCUGUUGGGACCUUUUGUUUGGAAGGCCGUAGUAGGGGAAGCACUUCCUUCUACGGCCCUAACGGGGCGGGAGAGCUCCUCCACGUGGGAGGAGGAUCCGUUUGAACUGGACGUUCUCGAGGAAUCAUUCUCGGACCCCCCGGCAGGGGAGUCCCAGACGGAAGAGAGUGAACCCUCGGUCAAUCGACGUAGUCUCGAGGCACCCCAAACGGAAGAGGGUGAACCCUCGGUAAAUCGGCGGGGUCCCCAGGAAGCUGGGCCUGCGCUUCCAGCUAAUCCAGUCCCUUCCGGGGGGGACGAAGCUGGGCCAUCUGUCUCCUAUCCCUACAGAAGGGAUGAAAUGAUUGGGGGGGAUAGCGUGGAGGCGAUAGAACGCCGCCUUCUGGCUCGAUUUGCUUAUCCCUUAUACUCGGACAUCCAAUUAGCCCACAUUCAAGCCGAAGACCUCUUCGAGGUCAAGGUAGAGAUUGUGAAGGUAAUGGCUGGCCUUGAUCCAACGGGGGAUUGGAUGGGGCGGGGAGCUCGGGCCCUCGACAAUCCCCGUACCGCCACGGGAGAGCACUCCGUGAAGCAGUUAUACCACCUGUUAAGUGCUCUAAAUGAGCGCGGUAAAGAGGCCCCAGAAUUUCAGGAACUCAAAAAUAGAGUGUUCCUCAAGAAAGGCGGCCCUGGGGGGGACUCUAUCGCAUAA